AUGGUUCGCCAUCGUCCCACGAGGAUAGCCGUAGAGACUGGCAAUGCAUCUGGGGCAGGGACCUUGAAAACGAGUUUGAAACAACCUUCCCCUGGAUCCUCCCCCAAACAGUCGGUAAGGCCACCUGUCGUAGCGUCACAUUCCAGCAAUAACUCCCACCCUACCUUUAACGAUCAUGACGAAAGGGAAUCUCGGGGGUUGUCUUCGAGUAGGGGAUCAACAUCUGGCCCCCAGCCCCUCCCAUUCGCGCCUUCGGUUCAGCAUCAGAGCCCCAACGCACCGUUACCAGGCGGGCAAGGCGACAAGCCAGCACGACACGGAAACCUUCCUACAUUUGCUUCGACAGAUUCUCCACCCGCCAGGCGAGAGCCUACCCAAGGGCAGAUGGUAAAUCGGCCAGUCAGGGAAUCAGCGCAUUCCAGGCCAGCGAGGUUCCCGUCGCGCAAUCGCCCUGACUCACGGAGCUCCAAUGUGUCUAAGCAAAGGUCUAGAUGUGCGUCGUUAGCAUCCAGCACGAUAGGACGGCAACGGAGAGCCAACAUUAGCCACGAAUUUACGAACGGCAUGGCAGGGGUUAUCAAUCAAUUUACUCAGCAGCAGAGCGCGGCUCUCGAGGAGCAGAAGAUGAAGUAUCACAAAUACAUCCGGCGGGUCAAGCGAGACCUUGCGAGCCAGUCCACAGUUAUUGCCCAACAUAUAUCGCGGAUCCAAUCCCAACAAACCCAAAUAGAGGACUUGAAAACUUCUAAGACGCAGAUGACAGCCAAGAUGGAAGAUAUCGAAGGCAAACUGGAGCUGUCUGAAGAACGAGCCCAGAGACUGGAAGAAAAGUACCGCAUUUGCAAGUCCCAUCUCAAUUCCGCUAUUCAAGAACAGCAGGAUCUCUACACUCGUUCAAAAAAGCAAUGGGGGGAUGUUAUUGAAGAGCUCGAUGACUUAACACACCGGGUUGAGGAGAAGGAACUGGAGCUUGCGAAAGAAAAGGAAUCUGUUCGGUUCUUGACCGAGAAACUUCAGAGCCUCCAGACCACCUCAAGUGGGUUCGAGGCUCUCGCUGUUCAAGGGAAAGAAAUUAUGAAUAAACUUGCUGCACAGCAGGUGGAAACCGAGUCACAGCGCCAAAAGCUAGCGGAAGAUUUCCAACAAAGGCUUGAUCAAAUUGCCACUCGGCUGGAGACACUUUCCAAUUCGAUGACUACUCAGCCAGGACUUUUGCGCGAUAUUCAAAAGGCUCAGGAUCUAGCAACAGCUUCUGUCACGACCAAGCUCGAGGAUAUUUUAGAAUCUCGGAAUGCGGCGAUGGAGACCACAAAUCAACUUUCCGCUGACCUUGAAUUCCAUACAGGGAAGAUUUGGCAACGGCUAGACAGCCAGCUCGAGGCACUGAGCACCAAGCUUGCGGAAAAGGCCGAGGAGAACGGCAUGGUCUCGACACUCUACAAAAGAAAAGACGCUGAGUGCCAAGAGCACCUUCACGAGCUUGCGAUGUUAAGGGAGACAACGGAAAAACAAACUGACCAACUACAUGAGCUUGAAGCAGGUCUGGUUGCUUCAGAUGCCGCCCAAGAACAGAGUGACCAGCUCAUCCGACGCUUGGAGGCUAGAGUGACGGAGACAGAACAGUUGAGGGCAGAGGCUAAGAUCAAAGCUGAGACAGUGGCCGAACUUCAGCGAAAACUCGACAAUAGCGAAGUGGCGCAUAUCUCUGAGAUACAAAAGUGCAAUUCAAAUAUCGAGAAGCUCGUCCAAGAAAUCAAGGAAAAGGACCAAUCGUCCGUCGUCGCAGCUCAGCGUGCGGCCGAGACCGCUCGACACGAAGCUCGGGCUGAGAUGAACAAAUUCAGUAUGAGAUCAGAAAAGACGCUUAUGGAGAUUACAGAACACCGGGAUCUUUUAGCUUCUGAGCUAGAUGUUCUGAAAAAAGAUAUCCAAGAAACCAAAAGCGCUAGCUGCCGAGAUGCCGAGACAAUCCGUUUGCUUCAGGAUAAGCUUGCCACAGAAGAGACCAAAGGAAAGGAAACCACCGAACAGUUCACAAAACACGCAUCACAGAUGAGGGCUUCAGAGAACCAGCUUUCAUGCCGUGUUGCAGAACUGGAAGGGCAGCUCGGUACCGCCCACAAGCGGGCGUCUGAAUUGGAAUCUAAUAAUGAGCGCCAGUGUGAAAAGAUCAAGACAUUAGUCUCGGGUUUGAGAUGCUGGGCAAACCAGGAUGCUCUCAGAAAUGAGCUAGAUGGUCUUCUGUAUGGGGACAAAAGUGUGGAUGAAAUCGGGGUGUUAUUAAGGCGAGUUCUGGGGACCCCGUUGCAUUCUCAAGUCUCACCAUUUGCAACCUCUGAGGUACGACAAGAUAUGGUGCUACUGGACGGGGAGAACUUGAAAUUCAUUCCGAGUAAAAGCGACCGGUCUCCAAGUUUGGACGCAGGAGGUCAUACCGACAACGACCUACAGGCGAAAGACGAUACCGACGGCGAGGUGGAAAACGCCAUGGAAACCGGGAGCAAUGGGGCGGAGAAAACGGUUGUGAGUGACCCGUUGUCAUACGUAUCAAGUUUCCACCAUACGAGGCGCGUCGUCGUUCAAAGCCCGGCAAACGUACCGAAUCAGCCAGCGGCUCCAUCGGUCGAUCAGGAGAAGCUACGUCGGAGAGAGGCUAUGCAGCCAAAGUCCAUUAUGAAGCACGAGACUCGAAGUACUGGUGAUAUUCCCGAGCCGGGAGAAGUUCCUGCUGUAGCGGGGCAUGGAGCUUUUAGACGAUCUCGACAUCUCGGGUUAAGGACUCACACUAGGACGGACGACAGCCAAGCGAACAACGAGGUUUUUGUGGCACCUGACGCAAGCAUAACUGAGAAGACGACCGAGCCGUCAAGUAGACGGCCUAGCAAACGAAGACGCUCAGAAUCAGCGAUAAUUGACAACGCCAGCAGCUCUAGCCAGGGACAAAAAAGGAACUUGAUAAAGGUGGACGCAGCACCGAAGCGGGUUACGAUGGACUCAAAAAAGUCACAGGUCUCGGCGGUUGGGACGCAAACAAGCUUUAAAGGGGUUGACUCGACGCCCAACAGCGCUCAAGAAUUUCAGACACCGACAACUCGCAACUCACGGAGGUACUCGGGCAACACAACUCAAUCCCUCCCUCGAACACCGUCCGCAAAUAGCUCCCAGGUCCUUGGUGCAAGACAAACAAAUGUCAGGACUUACGGCUCGCAACGGGGAGCUGCGGAACCUCCAAGCGGACAGAAUGUGGCCUCUCGUUUCAGUUUGCGGUCUCAGUCUCAUUUUCAACCGCAGUCUCAGUAUUGGCCCCCAAAAGAAAAACAGGGAUCACAGGAAUUAGCCCAAAUCUCUUAG